UGGCAUUGGUUAUCUACGACCAGUCCUGCUACACACCCCUUCUCCGCGUCCUCUCCUCUAAGCUCUACGAGCUGUCGCUCUUUCGCUUCCACCGCCGCCACGGCGUCGCCGUCCCUCUAAACCUGGCCAAUGACUGCUGCACCGAGCUACACACGCUGAACCUUGAUUUCGGGAACCUCAGUGCGCAGGAGAUGGCUCUCGUGCUGUCUGACGUCCGAGUAAUCCUUCGCGCAUCACCCAUUCUAUCCUGCAUCCGACUUGGGAUUCCC